AUGCUUGAGUACCGGUGCAGCUCCGUUGAUUGGAAGCCAUCCCCUGUGGUAGCCCUAGCUAACAGCGUCGACAACUCUCAGGUCGCCGCGGCUCGCGAGGACGGUUCUCUUGAAAUCUGGCUCGUUUCCCCCGGCGCCGUCGGAUGGCACUGUCAACUCACCAUUCAUGGAGAUCCAAAUUCCAGAAUCUCGUCCCUUGCGUGGUGCCGUGCUGGUUCUAAUGGGCUGCCUUCUGGUCGGCUAUUUUCUUCGAGCAUAGAUGGCACUAUUUCUGAGUGGGAUCUUUUCGACUUGAAGCAGGAGAUUGUGCUCGAGUCAAUUGGAAUCUCAAUCUGGCAAAUGGCUGUAGCUCCCACUAUUGUUCCCUCCAUUGAUGCAAAAGGUAAUUCUCUGCGGUUGGAGAAUGGAUGCCCAAGUGAUAAAGAGGAAGAAAAUGGGAGUGAGUAUGAUACUGACUCGGAAGGGUUUCAUGAACAAGCAGAGGCAACAGAUAGGCUUCUUGCAGCUGCUUGUGAUGAUGGUUGUGUGCGACUGUACCGCAUCUCUGACUUCAACAAGUUAACAUACUAUAGAUCAUUGCCUAGGGUCGGUGGACGUGCCUUGAGUGUGACAUGGAGUCCAGACGCACAGAGAAUCUUUUCGGGUAGCAGUGACGGGCUGAUCAGAUGCUGGGACGCUAAGUUCUUUCAUGAGGUAUACCGAAUUACAGUUGGCCUUGGAGGACUGGGAACUAGGUCUGAGAUCUGUGUUUGGUCACUCCUCUCUUUGAGGUGUGCAGUUCUUGUCAGUGGAGAUAGUGCAGGUAAUGUCCAGUUUUGGGAUAGCCAGCAUGGAACCCUUUUGGAAACACACUCGAAUCACAAAGGUGAUGUCAAUACUCUUGCAGCAGCCCCCAGCCAUAAUAGAGUCUUUUCUGCUGGUGCUGAUGGACAGGUUAUUCUCUAUAAGCUCUCUGGUGGUACAAAUGGUUCUCAAGAUAUGAAGACUUGUUUCUCUCAGAAAUGGGAUUAUAUUGGUUAUGUAAAGGCUCAUACGCAUGACAUCCGAGCUCUUACUGUUGCUAUACCAAUUAGUCGAGAAGAUCCCUUUCAUGAUGAUAAAGUGUCAGAUAGAAGUGUGCAUGGAAUAAGUCGUAAACAUCGUAGAAAAGAGAAACGGGUUAACUUUACUUACCAUAAAUGGGCUCAGUUGGGUGUUCCGAUGCUCAUUUCUGCUGGUGAUGAUGCGAAGCUUUUUGCUUAUUCAAUUCAGGAGUUUACUAAGUUCUCCCCACAUGAUAUAUGUCCUGCGCCUCAGAGAGUACCCAUGCAAAUGGUACAUAAUUCUGUGUUCAAUCAGACUUCUCUUCUUCUGGUUCAGGGUAUUUGUACUUUAGAUAUUCUUCGACUUCACGUAAGCAGUGAUUCUAGUGGACGUGCCUCAACAAAGCCAUUGGUUUGUGUAAAAAGUAGAGAUGCCAGGAAGAUCAUAUGCAGUGCAAUUUCUAACACAGGAUCACUUUUUGCAUAUUCUGACCAAAUUGGUCCCAGUCUGUUUGAGUUGAGGAGAAGUGAAUUUGCAAAGAGUCCAUGGAGUGUCAGUAGAAGGAGGCUGCCCGUACUUCCAUUUGCACAUUCCAUGGUUUUCAGUUCGGACUGCUCUCGGCUGAUAACAGCAGGGCAUGAUAGAAAGAUAUAUAGUAUCGACAUUAGUAGUAUGGAGCUUGUAUAUGCAUUCACACCAUGCCGGGAGGAGCAUGAAGGUGAAUCAUUACCUAGGGAGCCUCCCAUAACAAAAUUGUAUACUAGCUCAGAUGGUCAGUGGCUAGCUGCCAUCAAUUGCUUUGGGGACAUCUAUGUAUUCAACCUUGAAACACAAAGACAACACUGGUUCAUAUCAAGGCUUGAUGGUGCAUCAAUUGCAGCUGCGGGUUUUCAUCCCUGGAACAACAAUGUGCUUGUGAUCUCAACCUCUUCGAACCAGGUCUUUGCUUUUGAUGUGGAGGCUAGACAGCUGGGCAAGUGGUCAUUGUUACACACCUCUGUUCUGCCAAAGAGGUACCAAGAGUUUCCUGGGGAGGUCAUUGGGCUCUCAUUCUCCCCGUCGCCAGAUUCAUCGUCUGUAAUAGUUUACAGUUCAAGGGCAAAGUGUUUGAUCGACUUUGGGAAACCUGUGGAAGAAGAUGAAGAAAAUGAUUUACCUAACGGCGGACUUUCUGAAAUGCUAGAAGGUAAACUUGUCAACAUGGGCUUGAAAUUAGGAAUGGGUAAAACCCGGAAACGUCGGUUAGAUGAGUAUCAGUUGAGGAGUAAGAGUAGUGAGAGAAAGAACUUUGAAAUCUUACCCUCGAAGCACCCAGUUUUAUUUGUGGGUCACCUUUCUACAAAUUCGAUCAUCGUGAUAGAGAAACCAUGGAUGGAUGUUGUGAAGAGUUUGGAUACUCAACCAGUGGACAGACAUCUUUUUGGGACUUAA